AUGAAACCAUUUCCAAAGAGUACGUGGCAUUGGAGCCGAACCGUAAGGCCUUUUUCGCAGUGUUUGUCUGGCACUUGCUUCCUGCAACAAACCUCGAGAUUAACUUCAAAACGAUACCUACACCUCUCAACGUCGAAACAGCAACAAAAGCCCCUCCUGCCCGAAUCAGAGCUUGCUAAAUAUAGAGAUUACUACCAAGACCUGAAGAGGACGAUAAAUGAGAUACCCGAAACAGUAGCUUCAAAAUCACCUGCGUUGAGAACGCUUCACAAGAGAUUGCAAUUACCUGAUAAAUUUGCCUAUUCAACACUCUCCAGAUGCUUGACGUGUCCCUCUGCAAAACUGCCUGAUAAGAUCAACAAUCCUUCCAUUGGUGCAGCUUUCAUUAACACCGUACCUACUAAUAAGUACCUGGACAACCAUGGCCUUAAUAUCUUGGGGAAGAACUUGUUAUCUUUCCACGUCACAAAAUCUAUUAUACAGAUAUAUCCAAGAUUGCCCACGGUUGUUUUGAAUGCUGCGGUCAAUGCAUACAUAUCAGAGGCUGUCCUGGCCCAUAUCGCCAAAUACUGGGGCAUUGAAGUGGAAACCACAUCUAUCAUAUCACGUUAUUUGAAACUGGAGCCAUUUGAAUUCACCCUAGGGAGGCUCAGAUUCUUCAAUAACUCGUUGAACUCUGAGGACGGUAUUGAGCUAAUCACUGGAAAGAAUUUUUCCGAGACAAGCGCUCUAGCAAUGAGUGUGAGAAGUAUAAUAGCUGCCGUUUGGGCCGUGACAGAGCAAAAAGACUCUCAAGCUGUUUACAAGUUCAUCGAUAAUCAUAUAAUGAGCAGAAAAUUGGACAUCACAAAAAUGUUCCAGUUUGAGCAACCUACAAGGGAAUUGGCCAUGUUAUGUCGCAGAGAAGGAUUAGAGAAACCUGUGUCGAAGUUAGUCGCUGAAUCUGGUAGGUUAUCAAAAGCGCCUGUUUUUAUUGUACACGUAUUUUCAGGUGAAGAAACUUUGGGCGAAGGCUACGGUUCUUCGUUGAAGGAGGCAAAAGCAAGAGCUGCCACCGAUGCCUUGAUGAAAUGGUACUGCUACGAACCUCUUUCCCAGCAAGAGCCAGUAAUCGACCCAGGUACUGUUGUCGUUUAG